GGGUGUAAGAGGCUACAUUGACAUGGGGAUCUCAUCGAAGCAGAAACCACAGGUCAGUACCAUUGAACGAAAUAGAAGAGGUGAUCAGAAACUUAAUCCGGGUGAGCAAGGCGAUGAUGUUUCACUUUGGAGAACAGGGGAGGAAAACUUCUCAAAGAAGUUCAGCUCCAAGGGGAACUUAAGGGAAAGCAAGCCAAGGAAAGACUGGUUUGGGGAAACAUUGGCUUCGACGUUGCUGAGAACUGCUUUCUCCAAGGAAUGGAAGAGCUUGUCGUCGUGAUAAGUGACAAUGAGCUUUGACAAAGCUAAGCUCUUUUAUCCUGUGCAAAAAAAUGGGACAAGCUAAGACAACAAAUAGUACGAUACGAA